GAGACAGGUAAGAGGGAGAAGGCUUCCAGCGUUACGUAUUCCUUCCGAUCUCUCUUUCCAUUUCCUCCCCCCCAAAAAAUUACCCUUUUCGAUCUUCCCAAAAACCCCAACCGCGACCCCCCGAUUGCGCAUGGGAUCGCUCGGAUCUCUCGGCUGAUCCGUCUUGCUGUGGCGAUUGGUGGUUCUUUUUUUUUAUAUUUCGGAGGGGAAUCUCCUCUGAUUCUGAGGCGAACAUCGGUUCCCUUGCGAUUACGCAUGAACUGGUUCGUGAACCUGGGGUUAAAUUCGAAUUCCAAUCACUUCGUCACCUGCCUCCUCAUCUUUAUCCUCCAUUACUCCCCUCAAUUGCCCCCCUCGAUUCUGAAUUCGAGAAGUCGUUGGAGCUGCGAUCCUCAGUUUUGGAGCCAUGGAGAAUCGCUGUGAUGUCAACGGCGUCAAUAAAGCCUCUUGCUAUUUAAAUUCUGAGAGAAAGCAAUCUCGUUCUCCUUCUGCCAUUGUCAUCGGUGGUGGAUUUGCAGGGAUUGCAGCUGCUCAUGCUCUGAAAAAUGCAUCUUUCCAGGUUGUGCUUUUAGAAUCACGAGAUCGGAUUGGUGGCCGAGUUUACACUGACCACUCAUUUGGUUUUCCUGUAGACAUGGGGGCAGCUUGGUUGCAUGGCGUCUGCAAAGAAAAUCCAUUGGCAACUUGGAUAGGAAGACUUGGUUUACCAAUUUAUCAAACUUCUGGUGAUAAUUCUGUUUUGUUUGAUCAUGACCUGGAGAGCUACGCACUUUUUGAUGCUGAUGGACGACAAGUCCCUCAAGAACUAGUCCAAAAAGUUGGUGAGGUGUUUGAAAGUAUUUUAAAAGAGGCCAACAAAGUUAGGCAUGAAACCACCGAAGACAUGUCUGUAGCACAGGCUAUUGCACUUGUUCUGGAGAGAGAUCCAGAUCUAAGGCAAGAAGGACUUGCAAACAAUGUGCUGCAGUGGUACCUGUGCCGAAUGGAAGGUUGGUUUGCUACAGAUGCUGACAACAUCUCAUUAAAGAACUGGGAUCAGGAAGUUCUGCUUCCUGGUGGCCAUGGUCUUAUGGUUCGUGGUUACCGUCCUAUCAUUAAUACACUAGCGAAAGGCCUUGAUAUUCGUCUCUCUCAUCGAGUCACAAAAAUAGUGAGGGGUAAAAAGGGAGUAGAAGUCACUGUCAACAAUGAUAAGUCAUUUUUUGCUGAUGCUGCUAUCAUAACUGUACCUCUGGGGGUUCUCAAGGCCAAAUCCAUCAAAUUCGAACCAAGACUUCCUGAAUGGAAAGAAGCAGCUAUAGAUGGCAUUGGUGUUGGGGUAGAGAACAAAAUUGUUUUGCACUUUGACAAGGUUUUCUGGCCAAAUGUGGAGUUUCUUGGAGUAGUCUCAUCCACUUCAUAUGGUUGCAGCUAUUUCCUUAAUCUUCACAAAGCAACCGGCCAUCCUGUUCUUGUUUACAUGCCUGCAGGUCGCCUCGCCCAAGAUAUCGAGAAAAUGUCUGAUGAAUCUGCUGCUAAGUUUGCCUUUAGUCAGCUAAAAGUGAUCCUUCCAGAUGUCACUGAACCGAUACAGUAUCUCGUGUCACGAUGGGGGAGAGAUGAAAAUUCACUCGGCUCGUACAGCUACGAUGCGGUUGGGAAACCUCGCGAUCUUUUUGAGAGACUGCGCAUCCCUGUGGACAAUCUCUUCUUUGCUGGGGAAGCCACCAGCAUCAAGUAUACAGGGACCGUGCAUGGUGCCUUUUCCACUGGGUUGAUGGCAGCCGAGGAGUGUCGGAUGCGUGUCCUAGAAAAAUAUGGUGACCUGGAAAACCUGGAGAUGUUUCACCCAUCUAUGGAUGAAGAAGCUGCAUCGAUCUCAGUCCCAUUACUGAUAUCCCGUAUGUAAUUCCAUGAAUACGACUCCUAGUGAUAACACAGGUAGUUCCCUAACCGUUUCCAUUGAUUGCCUGAAAAAUGACAUUGGAAAAAUUGUUGUUUUCCCAUGUAUUUUUCAAGCAUGUGGCAUGUGUUAUGUGCUACAAUGUGGUAUUAGUGGUUUUUGAACAAUGUUCCGAUGGUGAGGGUUCAUAUAGGAACGGAACCCAUGGUAGUUUGCCUUGCUGGAAAACCUGGCAGUGUGGAUGCUAUAAUAAAAAGAAGCAAUAUUUAGUA